AUGGACCUAAUCGGACGAGGGCUAGGCCUCAAUGAUCAGCUCCAGGAAGACGCGAUCUCGGACGCUGACUCUGAUGAAUUGGAGCUCCGGUUGGAAAAUGCUCGUUUUGAACAGUCCGUCCAGGCUUUUCUGGCUUCGUAUCGAGACCCAGAUGAAGAUGAAUCCUCUUCAAGAACCAAAAGAGGGAAGUCAACGGUUGGACGGCACUCUCGCACCAACCGAAAGGAACUGGAGCCCCGUGCUGAUAUCAAGCUUCGGUUGGCUGAGGUCAACAGGACCUUCCUCAAUGGCGACUAUCCCGAAGCGGAGCGAAGAAUACAUGAGAUCAUUAGGAUAAAUGCCGAGACGUACCAGGCAUGGAUGACGUUGGCGACUAUUUGCGAGGAGCAGGGUAGAGAUUCCGAUGCGCUCACUGCCAAGCUGUAUGCUUCUCAUCUUCGACCAAAAGAUGCCAGUGGCUGGCUCAGCUGCGCGGCUCUCGCCCUGGGUAUGGCCGGCGACGAUGAUGACAGCCCAGCACUCAAGACCGCAGGAACAUGUUUCGCCUCAGCCGUACUCGCGCAGCCAACAAACAUCGAGGCAAGACUUGGUAGGGCCGAGGUGAACCAUAGACGUGGUCACUUGACCAAGGCGAUUCGCGAAUACUCUAUCGUCCUAGAUCGCUUUCCUCAUGAUAUUUCACUGGUUCGAAAGCUAGCGGAGGCCUGUGAGGCAUCUCGGAGUCCAGAGCAUGUACAAAGGGCGGUGGACGCCUACCAAGCUUAUUUUGCAUACCUACAGCAAAAGCCAUGCGAUAGCGAGUCAGCAAUUUUCUGGGGAGACGUCAGUAUCUAUGCGGAACUGCUCGCUUGCUUGGGAGAUUUUGCACAGGCGGUCAAGCAGAUUAGCUCCCUGUCGCGUUGGCUACUGUCACGACACGAUGAUGCUUUUUGGUUGUGUUGGGACAAAGACGAUCGAGAAUGGGAUCAUGAGAGCACGAGGCGCGAACAGAUUCCCGGUUUCGACACAUCUACAUAUGAGCUACACCUUUAUGGAUCGGGCUUGCCCCUUGAGCUCCGCGCCCGGCUUGGCCUGUAUCGCCUCAAAAUGGGGGACCAAGAAGAGUCAAGUAGACAUCUUUUGUGGCUAGAUCCCACUGAAAGCGCAACUGCUUCAGCUGUUGAUGACUUUCCGGGCUUGAUACGGGAUAUAGCGGAUGCUCUAAACUCAUCUGGCGAUGCUUUGCGGGCUCUCGACUACUACGAGCUCCUACGGAAUUCUGUCUAUGGUCAAGACCCAGACCUUCUGCUCGAUCUUGGUAGAUGCCAUCUCACCAAAGGCGACACUGGUGCAGCUGAAGACUGCUUUUUACUCACAAUACAGGUGGACGAUAGCAACAUUGAUGCUCGCAUCGAACUCGCUAAAAUCUACGAGGAUGCUAGGGAAGAUGAGGAAGCACUCAUCCUCGUCACUGAAGCUAUUGCAUUGCAGGGCGCUGGAGAACAUGCCUAUCGUGCUGUUCGCGGCAAAACUGAUGCGUAUGCGGCAGACGCGGACGCGACUACUAAAAACAGAAAACGGCCACACGGGCACAACCCGGCUCCAGGUUCAGUUGUGAGACCCCGGUAUCGACCAAAAAGAUUGGUCGCGCCCGACCAACGACGGCGGGAGGAGCGUGACCGGGCUGACGAGCUCUCGCGACGCCACAAGGAAGUACGUGACCUCAAGAGAGGAAUCCAAGAAGGCAACCGAGGGCUCAUACCAAUAUGGAUGGCAGCAGCGAAAGACCUUGUGGAUGACUUUCGCUCCUUCAGGAAGUUUUAUACUUGGGACAAGUACGUCAAGUAUCUGGGCGCGAGCGAGGGAAUUGUCUUCAACGCUCCUAUGGAGACGCAGUACGGUACAGGCACAUCAGAACUGCACGAGCUGGCCGAGAGAUUGUCUCGGAACGUUGCGCCUUCACAGGGAGAUGAUGGCAGGGUCCAUGUGCCAUCAGAUGAUGACGGCCACCGCGGUAUACCCUUUGGGGAGUGGCUGGAGCUGUUUCUCGAUUUUGCAAUAAGCCUAGCGCUCGAGGGACAUGGCCACGAAGCCUAUCAGGUCUGCGAGGCCGCUCGAGACUCGAUCGUCUUCGUGAACUCAAAAGACUUCAUGUUUCUCAUCCAUGUGGCAUGGGCCGCAUGCGCAAUUUACCUCGGAGACGAGGAGAUGUGCGUUGCUAUGGCGAGAUUCUUCACAAAAGUACAGCAACUCGACUCGGAUUCUUAUCGCAUGUUUGCCGCUCUAUGUCGGUUAUGUCAAUCUCCUGCAUCGUGGUAUAACUCGGGUCCCGUCCAGAAGUAUAUACUACGGCAGAUUCGCUUGAUCGAUGCUACACAGCUUCGGUCCACUCAACCAGGAACCCAGGUAACGAUCCCGGUGGACAAUUCAACAGCUCAAGGGCAAACAAGAAAUCUCGAUGUGUGUUUACUCACACUCUACGGCCACAUUCUAUUCACCUCGACCAGCUAUACCUAUGCCCUCAACUACUUUUUACGGGCCCGCUCGCUCGACCCUAUGAACCCAAUGAUAAACCUCAGCGUUGGACUUGGCUACAUACAUCAUGGCUUAAAGCGUCAGUCGGAAAACCGGCAAUACCUUAUUAUGCAGGGCCUCGCAUGUUUGUUCGAAUACGCGGAUUGUCGGAUGAAUGGCUCCGAUAGUCAGAGACGUGAGGCGCUUUUUACAGUAGCACGUUCGUUCCACAUGCUCGGUCUGCACCACCUAGCACAUUGCUGGUAUCAAAGGGUUAUUGACGACCAGAGUAUUCAUCCAGCAGUAGCUCCUGGAGACCGCGACACUAUUAUCAAUGCAGCUUUUAAUCAGUAUAUCAUCCUUAUAACUAGCGAGGAGAAUACUUAUCUAGAAGCUAGCCUUCUUCAUAGACUAGUUCUUUAGCUUAAUAAGGUACUUGUAUAUUCUAGACUACCUUUACUUAUUAGUUAAUCAAGUUCUAUACUUA